UAGGAGCCAGUGUACAUUAAUGAUUAGGGGGCAGAAAUGACUAGUCAAAAUGUACGUCCCAUGUAUGUUGAAAGCUAGAACGCACUCCUUCACAUGGCUUGGUCUCGAAAACUUUAUUUCCAACUUCAGUCUGAGCAACUCUCUCUCUCUCUCGAUUGUAAUUCCAGCCAGCGUGUCCAAUCUUAUCUCUAACGGGUAACAACCGACCAUUCUAACUCUAUAUAUAGUACUGCAUAAACCUGGCACAAAGGAAGCAGAAAAUUUGAGAGAAAGCAUAAAACUGACGCAAGGAAGCAGAUAAGUCAUGGCAGCUAAGCCCAGAACCAAUGGCAAGAAGAAGAAUGGCAUUGUCAAGCUCAAGAUAAUGGCUGAAAAGCUCCAACGGAGUCUUUCAUUGGUUAAGAAAUCAAGUUCCAACUGUGACAAGUACGAAAUAAAUAGUGACACGCCUGUGCCAGAAGACGUGAAGGAAGGACAUUUUGUGGUGAAUGCUGUGGAGGGGGACAAACCAAGGAGAUUUGUGGUACCCUUAAGCUACUUGACACACCCAACUUUUGUAAGGCUCUUGGAGAAGGCAGCCGAGGAGUACGGUUUUGAUCACGAAGGUGCACUUACUGUUCCUUGUCGGCCAAGUGAGCUUGAGAGAAUAUUGGCGGACCAAUGGCAUAAAGAACAGGCGGAGGGAGACUCAGAUCAUCAUGAUCAUGUUUGAGUAGUUCAGUGGGGAUCUUGCAAGACCAUGGUGCAAACUGGCCUAUUGAAACCCGAUCGAAUAAGCUGCAUGCAUGCAUGUUAUAAUGCAUGGCUUAAUGAUCCUUCAUUUACUAAGUUGCAAAAGCUUUUUAAUUCACUUUUCAUCAUGUGGACCAGCUUUGUUUUUUUCAUGUUUAUUUAGUGGAGUACUAGCGAACUGUAAAUCAAUACAAUUUACGGUCCCGAUCAUCUGCA